AUGGCAACUGAAAUCACGAAACCAACCAUAGACGCCGCUGAGCAGUCUGCCACUAUCUUCCACGAAGAAGAUGUAGCUAAGAAACCAAACAUACCACCGCCAACGUUCACACUCGAGGAAGAAAACCGUGUCUACCGCAAACUAGAUUGGAAUCUCAUGCCACUGAUUUUCAUCCUAUACUCGCUCUCGGUACUCGAUCGUUCAAAUUUGGGAAAUGCUAAGAUCGCUGGCAUGGAGGACGACAUCGACCUGAGUGGACGACGCUACGACUGGCUUGCUACUGUGUUUUAUAUAGCCUAUAUUCUUUCCCAAUGGACGACACUAGGCUGGAAGGCAUUCCCGCCACAUAUCUGGGUGUCCUGCGUCGUUUUCUUAUGGGGGUUCAUAUCCACAAUUCAAGCAGCCUGCUCCAGCUGGGGCGGCCUCAUGGCUUGCCGUGUUUGUCUAGGUAUCACGGAAGCCAUGUACGGGCCUGGUGUACCGCUAUACCUGUCGUACUUCUACCCUCGCGAGAAGUUGGGACUCCGGACUGGCAUUUUCCUCUCUGGCUCUGCCCUCGCAAAUGCAUAUGGAGGUGCACUGGCAUAUGGGAUCUCUCAAGCCAAAGCUUCUAUCGGGGGAUGGAGGAUUCUCUUCAUCGUCGAGGGCGCACCGACCUGUCUCCUAUCCGUCUGUGCUUGGUUAUUCAUCCCCGAUGCACCAGGAAAAGCACGAUUCCUCAAUGAGCGCGAGCGAGAGAUUGCAAUCGCACUUUCUGAACGACAGCCUGGUGAUAGAAGUUCUGAAGGAUUGCAGCUAAAACAAGUACUGUCUGCUCUCGUUGACUUCACGAGCUACCUCCCCCCAUUAAUGUACUUCGGCUGCAACGUCUGCUUCGCCUCCCUCCCACUCUUCAUGCCAACCAUCAUCUCAAAAAUGGGCGUCUUCACCACAAUUCAAUCAAACGGUCUCAGCGCACCCCCCUACAUCCUCUGCUGGAUCGGUAUUAUCGCCAGCGCCUUCGUCUCCGACCGCAUCAAACUCCGCGGCCCCUUCGUCGUUGGCGCCGCCCUAGUCGCUACCAUCGGGUACAUCAUUUUGGGGACCCAGACCGCCGCCGCUGUUCGGUACUUUGGUCUUUUCCUCGUCGUGCAGAUCUUCGUCUCGGUGGCUCUCAUCCUUACUUGGGUGGGUAAUACCCAUGCUACCGAGUCGAAGCGCGCGGGUGCUUUCUCCCUGCUUGCUACGGGGGGCCAGUGUGGUCCUGUGUUAGGUACGAACAUCUUCUCCACUACGGAUAAGCCGUACUAUCGUAAGGGGAUGUGGGUAUCCUGUGGAGCUUGCAUCGUUGUCGUGAUUGCGGGUUUGCUUCAAAUGUGGCUUUUGUGCCGAGAGAAUACGCGUCUAGAUAGAGAGGAUGAUGCUGGCCAAGACGAAGAUACGGAGCAUGGAGAUCCUCAACGGUUCCGUUAUGUAGUGUAA